GCUAUAAUGCAUUGCUAGCUCCGUCAAACAGCUCUGUCAAACAGCUCUGACAAACAGCUCUGUCAAACAGCUCUGACAUAGAUGUGACUUCAGAGGGGUCAGAGUUUUCCAAUAGCCUAUUCCUGAGACAUUAGAUGACUUAAUUUAACUGAAUGUUUUGCAGAACACCAGGCUCAAAACGGCACUUCUGGACUACAUUAAACGUUGUCUGCCAUGUGACAGCGAGAAGCACAAUAUGGUGGCACUGUGCUUUAGUAUGUGCCGUGAGAUUGGAGAGAAUCACGAGGGAGCUGCUCGUACUCAGCUCAAGAUCAUCGAGUCCCAGCCUUGGAUUGUGACAGCUGAACUCAAGAGUGCCCUGAUAAAGGUCCAGACUCUCUUUAAAGAUGCUGCUGAGAGUCUCUUCAAGGACUCUUGUGUGCGCCAGGCAGUGCGUUGUGUGAAAAUGGCUAAGCUUGUCACUCUUCAGCUUCACCUCCUCAGUCAUGGCCACAGCCAACGUGUCAUCAACCUGCGCCCAGCAGAGGUGCUGACCACCAUCCUGGAACUGCCCCAUUGCUACCAGGUCUUUGUGGUCACAGAAGCUUAUGAUUUCAGUCCAGACUGGGCAGAGGUUUUGUACAAGAAGAUCAUCCUUAAAGGGGACUUCAUCUUCCUUGAGGAGUUUAAACUAUACAGACCACUAUCAGCCAGCCUGUUUGAGGAGAUAUCCAAAAAGUUGACACAAAACAGGCCCCCAAACGCCAGUCACAACCUGAAGAAGUUACUGCACCACUGCGAGGACAUCUACAUAUGCUAUAAGCUGGCGUAUGAUCACAAGUUUUUUGAUGUGGCCAACAUGCUUCUACAAGACUCUAAAACUAGUAGCUAUCUUAAUGACCGGUUAAUCAGUUGAUUUUGGUACUUGUAAUUUGCUCUAACCUAAUGCAAAGGAUGAUGUCUAUUUAUGACACAUUUAGGUCGAUCAUGAUUCAUCGUUUAUAACAUGUACCUGAAUGUUUACAUGACUUCUCAAGAGUAAGUAAGCGGUGGCAAGCUUUCCUAAUAAACGUCAAUGUUAAAAUGAUAA